GUUUUGAAAACCAGAAUGACGGCCGUUCAUAAUUUUUCUGGUGUAGCUAGCUUCACGCACAAACACUUGGAACUAAGUGCGAUCACAGUGCGAUGCCAAUGUAGACAAACUGACUUUGACAGUGCGCAAACACUGUUUUACUGUCUAUGCCUGCACGCAGACGAAGCGAUUUUUUCCCCAGAGAAAUCUGUUGCAAGCUCUUCUGUUGCAACUGAUCUGGAAAUCCAUUUCAGGGUUAGGAGUGGUAUAAGCAAAUGCAGACUGAAGAUGAGAACACCAAACUUGAGCAGUGAAGUCAAGAUACAAGAAUUUUCUCCCCCUAACUUGGCUGAUGUUGAGCGGUGGAUGGCAGCCGCUUUUGAUUUGGCUACUGAAGCUUUGCAAAAUGGAGAAGUGCCUGUUGGCUGCCUCCUGGUCUACAGAGACAAUGUUCUUGGCAAAGGAAGGAAUGAAGUAAACGACACGAGAAAUGCCACUCGACAUGCUGAGAUGGUGACAUUUGAUCAAGUGUUGGAGUGGUGUCAUUCAAACAAUCGUGAUGUAAAGGAAGUCUGUUCACAAAGCACCCUCUACGUGACUGUGGAGCCCUGCAUCAUGUGCUCCACUGCUCUGCGCUUGAUGAAUAUCCCACUGAUUGUGUAUGGCUGCGGGAAUGAAAGGUUUGGAGGCUGUGGCUCUGUUCUGGAUGUUGCCUCAGAUGGUGAGCUGCACACUGGCUCAUCAUUUAAGUGCAUAUCUGGCCAUCAAGCAGAGGAGGCCGUCGAAAUACUGAAACGAUUUUACAAGCAAGAGAAUCCAAAUGCUCCCAGGUGUAAAGUGAGGAAAGUGUAGACAUGCCGUUCAUUAUGGACAAUCAUCCUGUUGCAGAUCCAAAGCGCUGUGACCAGACAUUGACCAAGCAACUUUCUGAUCAGGAAAAUGGACACUUUCAUUUUUAAUUUUCUUCUCUUUUUGAUUGUGUUGUAACCACUGCACUUUUGUGUAUAAAAAAACUAGUCUUCAGCCAUUGCCUGAAUCAUGGUUUUACCUUUGCGAAAGGGUAAUGUUUUGGUGAAAGUUUGUGGUGGUUUUGUGUAUGCACUCGCGAUGUGUAAAUGCGUGAAUUUUCAGAGCUUUUUUGAAUAAAUAAAAACCAAAAAACUAA